ACAACAUCCAAAUGUGGAGCUCUGAAAAUGAUGACGUUCUACAUGAAUUGCUGGCUGGGAGUGGAAGUGGAACUGUUUAGCCUGAAUAUCGGACUAUAAACUGAAGGAUACUUGAAUAACAUUGCAUAAGAAAGCAAUACGAAGGUAUUUGAAAGAAUGACUAGUCGAAACGAUAUGGCAGUCUGACCUAUUGAUGCCAAUUACCUAACCAGAGAAGGCGAUAGUGAAUAAGAGGAAAACAGCGAUAUAACGGACUGAAGCUGAAAGUGCGAUUGAAGCCAUUUUCUCCUUGUUGACCCCGAGCAGACGAGGAGCGUGGUAACGUGACAUCAUGAACGUGGGCACGGCACACAGCGAGGUGAACCCCAACACGCGGGUAAUGAACAGCCGGGGCAUCUGGCUCUCCUACCUCCUGGGCAUCGGCCUGCUGCAUGUCAUCCUGCUCAGCAUCCCCUUCGCCAGUGUGCCCGUGGUCUGGACCCUCACCAACCUCAUACACAACCUGUGCAUGUACCUGUUGUUACACUUGGUGAAAGGAACCCCGUUUGAGACUCCGGACCAGAGCAAGGCUCGCUUCUACACAUACUGGGAGCAGAUGGACUAUGGUGUACAGUUCACUGCCUCACGCAAGUUCCUCACCAUCACUCCUAUCGUCCUCUAUAUCCUCACCAGCUUCUACACCAAGUAUGACCGGGCCCACUUUGUGGUCAACACGGUCUCCCUGAUGACCGUGCUCAUUCCCAAGCUCCCCCAGCUUCACGGAGUUCGGAUCUUUGGCAUUAACAAGUACUGAUGGUGCGGAAGAGGACACCGCCAUUCCUCCAUCUCCCUGUGGACUGUAAACACAGAGUAUCAGGCCCCGCCGCAUUGGCCCCCAGCCCAUAGGGAUCCAUGGCCCCUCUCUGGCUCACAGGGCUAUUGAGCACUCUGAUAAAUGAAACCUAAGGGCGAUAAACAACACAGAAUUGACUUACAUGGCUCGGCUGGGUCCGAGCUCCUAUGUGGUCCUAUUGAAGCGGUGCUGUGGUGUUUAUUUGUGGUUCCCUUUAUGUCCAUUUUAUUUCAUUCACAGAGAACACUGCAAGUGACGCCUUUGAGGAGUAUGAGAUGUAUUGAGAUUGAGUUACAAUGUGGAGAGGAGAAACCUCUGAGCAGUUUGGUCCUGAGAAAAGUGAGACUCAGACAUUUUGCACCCAGGAAGACAUUUUGGAAGUUAUGUCACUCAGUUAUGGAUGCCCUCUAGAAUUAUAACUCUACAUUUCUUUAGCAUCUUGUCCUCACAAGGCUCAUCCUCUCUUUCUCUCAUAAGAAAGGACAGACUGCUAGAGAAAGGGUUAGCUAGGGAGUUGCUCUGACUGUUGCAGUGGUCAUACAGGAGGGACCACAGGGUUUAUAUUUAGCCCCCCUGACCACUCAGUCUGAGUUUGGAAAGUUUAAGCAACACUUAUUUUAUCGGAUUAUUUCCAUAUUUAGAUUGCCUUGCUCUGAUUUCAACCAGAGUAAACUUCUGUUCACAUUGCAGUCUGUAAUCUACAGUGCAGAGUAGACAUGCUCAGGCCCCAAAAGCUAAUUCCAGCUUUGUGAAUCUGUUGUAUUUAUAUUUCAUUUGGGACCCUUAGGGCAGAAGAUGAAAAGCAGGUUAGGCUAUUCAUGUUCAUGGAAACAUUUGUGCAUACAUAUUGUAUACUCUAAGUCAGGUUUCCCCAACUGGCCCUUGGGUGGUUUUAUUUGUCCCCUCAAGUUUUCUGAGAUUUUAAUUGUAGGACAUAAAAGACUAGAAACACCAGGAAAUCAGCUCCAAGUGAUUUAAAUUUAAGAAAUCUGUUCCCAAGUAUUCCCACGCAUAAUAGAGAGACAUGUGAAAUGAUUAUGUUUAAGUCAAACAUUUAUAUCUGUUUGGGCUUCUUGCGGUCAAUUUGCAGUCUACAAAUGAUUUGUAAUUAUGUUCCUGCCCCUGGACCAUCCGCUCAAGAAAAAAGUAUUGCAUAUUCAACAAUAAUAGAUUGUAGUGCAUGGGUAUGGGCUUAAAGACUUCCUUCAAACUGCACGGAGAGACAUAAAAAUUGUAUCCAUGACUUCAUCUGACUCUGGGUAAGUAGAAAAUAGGGCUUGAUUGCCAAAAUCUCAAACUAUCCCUUCAGUUGAUACAAAGGCUGUAAAUGUGUCAUGAAAUGUUGUAAUGUUGGUGUUUUAAUAAGGUACCGAGUACAGAUAGAUACCGGGAGUUUGCCACAUACCAUGUAUUUCCACUCUUUGAGCAGAGUCAUCAUGGCAACAUGGCAACAACAUGGCAACAACAACAACAAGCGUCUUUAAAAAGGGGAAACGGAAACUGAGAACUACGCAGCACAAAGUGUUGUGUUCAGAACUCACACUCAGUUUACUCCGAGUGAAGAGAGGUUGUGAUAAUUGAGAUGAAUGUUCAUUUGAAAUUCAUUUCCAGAGUCUUUCACACAGCUUUAGAUAACCCCCAUCAGAAAUUUUGGCUAUGAAAUGGAGAAAAGAACUUAGUGGAGCAUUUUCAUAUCCACAAAAUGCACUAUAAUCAAAUAUGAAUGGCUUCAGUGGAUUUUAGUAAGCGCAGAGAAGAUUUAUUAAUUACACUUAUGAUUGACAGGGUUACAAUGUACUACCAUUAGAGAUACUGCAUAUUGUUUUUUAUUAGAAGUAAAAACCAAAGUAUGUGAAUGGUAUAGAGUAUGUGCGCAUUCCUAGUUUGUUAGCACAGUAGGUAGCAAAGAACAUGAGUGUUUUUCAAUGUGUGUGAGGUCUGUUGCACAGUAGCAAUGUGACGUUUAUGUGUGAUCUGACUGGUACAGAGCACAGGACUUUAUUCAUUUGAUUGUGUAACAACAUUACAGUCUUAUGAAAUUGUAGGUACUCGCUUGAUAGUGGAUUAGGAAAAAUAUAGCUUAGGGCUUUUUUGGCACGAGUUCAGAAGGAGGAUGGACUAUUGUAAAUAUAUUUUACAAAUUAAAACCUAUAACAAUGAGGGUUAAAGUUUUUGUGUUUUUGUUUUGUUAAGAGUAGGCCCACAUGGAAAAAACACAUUGUUCUACGGGCAAGCAAACAGUUCUUUCUUUCUAGUGAAUACCUGUACAUGAUAGGCAUGAUUUAGUCCAACCACACAGAAUACCAUGCUUAUCUCUGGUAUUUGGUUUCAGUGAAUGAGGGUCGUAACUUCAGUGGGUUGUACCAAUGGUAUUCCAAUACAUAUAGUACACCUGAAUACAGUUGGGAAAUUCCUGACAAAUGUACAGUAGCAAGCGAUAUUAACAUAACUUAUGUUGGCAUUACGCCUUUAGCAGUAUUUUGUCAUGGUGUAUAAAAACCUUCCCAGGCCUCGAAGUCCUCCUAUCUUCAAAGAACUCUGCUCAUGUUUAAAGUUGUUCAGCAGGAAACGUCCAUUAUGAAAACUUUGGUGGGAGUUUUUGUUUCUAUUCUAAAUGGUAAUUUAAAGUAGUGCUGAAAACAUGUUAGCUCAUGCAUAGACAAGUCUUUUUGUUACAUAUGAUAAUAGUGUAAUGUUUAGGUUGGUUAAACAACAAAACAGUUGGGCCACAGAAAUGCGUUGGCUAAGUUGCUGAAACAUGGACAUUGCCAAGUGGUUUAGAAUCUAGACCUUGUGCGUAUUAGCUGAGCCUUAAUUAUUAAUAGCAUACUAUUUCUACUAGUGUUGAUUUUGAACACUUAGGCUUGUGCUCUCUUUCAACCCCUACUUAGUAAAAAACUAGUCAUACAACUUUAGAUAGUAAUCCAUGGGUAUUGCAAACCGAAUCCAAUUAGUGUUUGGAACGUUAGAACCCAAAGCCAGCAGCUUGUUAAACAUUGAUUGAGGGAGAGUGAUAGUGAUAGUGCUGAAAGUGAGUCAUCAGGUGUCACUUGGCCAGCUUUGCUAGCCACAGACCGGCACUGAACCUACAGAUGUACCCUUACAGAAAAACCACAUGAUUUCACGUUAAAUUUCAUGUGAAAACGGGUUUUUGGACCACCACAUGUUUUCACGUGUAGUUUCAUGUAGUCACAUGUUGCUUUCUAUGUUGUCACGUUAUCACAUUAACAUUAGAUCACAUUAAAACGUGUUUUUAGAACACUGUGUGUUCACGUGUGAAAUUCAUCUGUUUUUUUCCCCGUAAGUGUAGGCCUUUGUUGUUCCAGAAGAAAGUGUCUCCCUUCUUACAGUACAAUCCAUGUCAGUAGACUAAAGCAGUCGUUGGCUAAUCUAUUAAUAAGUACGACAAUGACUUGUGCCCUGUUCAUAGCAUAAUGCUUUCUAUUUACAAAUACAUUGUAGAGCAUUGUGAAUUAUAGCUGAUGUUGUUGAAUUAUAUAUUCUUUUCCAGGUUGAGAGUCUACAGUUGGCUAAGGUGUUUAAUGAUUUAAUUAUACAUUUACAAAAG